GGAGGGAGAGGAGGGGCCAGGACUGGGAAUUCUCUGCUUCCCAUCCCUCCUUAAUGCAGACAACAUGGCGGACUAAAAGAUACGGCUGACCCGCCCGGAUACAGCGAAUAAACAGUGGGAUUCACGCCCCCUAUACUCAAGGAAGACGGAGAGACACCAAUUUGUUAGAAACACCCUCGGGAACAUUGAGGAAUUUUUGGGACCGUUCAAGUCAUUCGUUAACAUAAACAUACUUGCGAUCUGUUGCCUCCAAAUUGGCGGUCUGUCCCAGAUCGUUCAUAUCACCCAGGCCCCCCACCCCACAUACACACACUAUUGGUUCCUGGGGUGUGAAGACAGGGGCUGGGGUUUAGAACGUGGAAAAAAAGGAAGAAAGAAUUGCACAACUGUAAAUAUUCAGGAUUGUGCAAAACCAAACGGAAGUCGUGGACCACACUGUGCGAAUGAGUGAUUGAUGCCAAAUUCGCUCCUUAAGGGCAGUAUGGGUGUGUGUCCCCUGCUCCUGCUGCUCAGUGUGGCCCUCGGGGUCUCUGUCUCAGCCCAGGGACCAUCUCUCACCCCCGCAGGUCCAGUCUCCACUGCCAAACCCACGGAUUCUCCAGCCACCACCCUCCACAAUGUUCCAAUGGCAACAACCACCACCCCUCCAACAGCCGCAACGACACUGACAACAACCAGCACCGCAGAGGGGAACAUAUUGACUGCAGGCCCCAGUGUCACCCAGGUGCCCAUUCCCCCUCUACCACCCCCUGGCCCCACCAUAGCCCCCCAAGUCCCCACGGGUGCAACCACUGCCCCGCAACCACCCCCUGCUCCGACCACGGUCAGUCGGGGUGGGGAGAAUGGGACCACACUCUCUGCUCCGGACAGUCACACAGAUCCCUCGCUGGAGACCACCAUAGAACCUACGGUGGAAGCCACGUCGCCCGACACUACUAGUGACACUACAACAGGUGGUGGAGAAGACGGCACAGACCAAAAUACGCAAUCAGAUGACACGCCCAUCAUUGCGGUGAUGGUGGCUCUGUCAUCCCUGCUCGUCAUCGUCUUCAUCAUCAUCAUCCUCUAUAUGCUCAGGUUUAAGAAGUACAAGCAGGCCGGCAGCCAUUCCAACUCCUUCAGGCUGACCAACGGUAGAUCAGAUGAUACAGAGCUCCAGAGUGUGCCGCUAUUGGCCCGCUCGCCUAGCACCAACAGGAAGUACCCACCCCUUGUUGUUGACAAGCUGGAGGAGGAUAUGAAUCGUCGCAUGGCUGAUGACAACAAGCUCUUCCGGGAGGAGUUCAAUGCGCUGCCGGUGUGUCCCAUCCAGGCGUCAUGCGACGCGGCCUCUAAGGAGGAGAACAAGGAGAAGAACCGAUACGUCAACAUCCUGCCAUAUGACCACUCCAGGGUGCAUCUGUCGUCUCUAGAGGGAGUUCCAGACUCUGACUUCAUCAAUGCGUCCUUCAUCAACGGUUACCAAGAGAAGAACAAGUUCAUUGCAGCUCAAGGGCCAAAGGAGGAGACGGUAAACGACUUCUGGAGAAUGAUCUGGGAACAGAACACCGCCACCAUCGUGAUGGUGACCAACUUGAAGGAGAGAAAAGAGAAAUCCAUACAGCGGCAAUCUCUCUGUGUGUCUCAGUGUAAGUGUGCCCAGUACUGGCCUGACCAGGGCUGCUGGACCUACGGCAACAUCCGGGUCUCUGUGGAAGACAUGAUGGUGCUGGUGGACUACACCAUCCGCAAGUUCUGCAUCCAACAGGUGGGGGAUGUGGGGGGUAAGAAGCCCCAGCGGCUGGUGACCCAGUUCCACUUCACCAGCUGGCCAGACUUUGGCGUUCCCUUCACACCCAUCGGCAUGCUUAAGUUCCUCAAGAAGGUCAAGACCUGCAACCCCCAGUACUCCGGCCCCAUCGUGGUCCACUGCAGUGCGGGGGUGGGGAGGACAGGUACCUUCAUAGUGAUAGACGCCAUGUUGGAUAUGAUGAACACCGAGAGGAAGGUGGACGUCUUUGGCUUCGUCACGCGCAUCAGAGCCCAGCGCUGCCAAAUGGUCCAGACCGACAUGCAAUACGUGUUCAUCUUCCAGGCCAUGCUGGAGCACUACCUGUACGGAGACACAGAGCUGGAGGUGACCUCCCUGGAGUCCCACCUGGCUAAGCUCUACGCCCCCUCCGCCGCCGGCUGUGGGGGCAUGGAAGCAGAGUUCAAGAAGCUGACCUCCAUCAAGAUCCAGAACGACAAGAUGAGGACAGGCAACCUGCCGGCAAACAUGAAGAAGAACAGAGUUCUCCAGAUCAUCCCAUACGAGUUCAACAGAGUGAUCAAUCCAGUCAAGAGAGGGGAGGAGAGCACGGAUUAUGUCAACGCUUCCUUCAUUGAUGGCUACCGUCAGAAGGACUCGUACAUGGCCAGUCAGGGCCCGCUGCAGCACACCAUCGAAGACUUCUGGAGGAUGAUCUGGGAGUGGAGGAGCUGCUCCAUAGUCAUGCUCACUGAGCUGGAGGAGAGAGGACAGGAAAAGUGUGCUCAGUAUUGGCCCAGUGACGGGGUGAUGGUGUGUGGUGACCUCUCCAUCGAGCUAAAGAGGGAGGAGGAGAGUGAGAGCUACACUGUUAGAGACCUCCUGGUUACCAACAACCGGGAGAACAAGGCUCGCGCGGUGAGGCAGUUCCAUUUUCAUGGCUGGCCGGAGGUGGGCAUCCCCGGCGACGGAAAGGGGAUGAUCAACAUCAUCGCCGCGGUCCAGAAGCAGCAGCAACAAUCUGGCAACCACCCCAUCACUGUCCACUGCAGUGCGGGCGCGGGGCGGACGGGGACCUUCUGUGCCCUGAGCACGGUCCUGGAGCGGGUGAAGGCUGAGGCCAUCCUGGAUGUCUUUCAGACUGUCAAGAGCCUCCGGCUGCAAAGGCCCCACAUGGUGCAGACACUGGAGCAGUACGAGUUCUGCUACAAAGUGGUCCAGGAGUAUAUCGAUGCCUUUUCUGACUACGCCAACUUCAAGUAGGGACCCACACGGGGGGACGGACAUCCGUACACAGUCAUAAACACACACCAAACCCACACGUACCGGACGGAAAGAAAACUUUAACUGUUCACGGCUUAGAUGACUGGGCAGCCUGCGUGCACAGAGGAAAAGGGAAUUGAAGUUUUGUGACGGAGCCAAGUGCAGCGCUGCAGUGUACCGGAGGGAGUGAAUAUCAGAGAUGCCUUCUUGAAUAUUUUGUAAUAUUGAGCUUGUUAAUACGGGCCCCUUGUCCCUAUCCCCCCCCACAUCUAUCCCCCCACAUCUAUCACCCCACAUCUAUCCCCCCACAUCGACACUCCCCAAUCCACCCAAUGUACAUAUACUGUACUUACCCUGUCACAUUUGUGGGUUUUGUUUUUAGGUCAAGUUUAAGUUUGGCUGCAUUUUUAGGGUGACAUAAUGUGUUUUAUGGGUAUGUGUGUGUACAUAGACCGUGCCAGUCAAAGGUUUGGACACACUUACUCAUUCAAGGGUUUUUCUUUAUUUGUUCUUUAUUUCCUACAUUGUAGAAUAAUAGUGAAGACACAAACUAUGAAGU